UUGUCUAGCUAAAAUAUCUGAAUUAUCUUGAUAAUGGUUCUGUGCAGUCUCAUGGUUUCUUGUGGCCUGGUCCAGCAGGGUGUGAGGUCCCUUCUCUCUGCCCUCGGAGCUUGGCCUGUUCCUUCCGAGGGCAGCCACGGGUUAGAUACCGAGACCGAGGUGAUGAGGGCACCACUGCCCAGUGGUGAGGAGGUCACUGCUGAGUCAGUGCAGGAGGAGCUUCUCCCUGUUGCGACUCCUGUCACUUGCCAGCCUCAGCCCACCGCCUGUCCCAGGGUAGACGUCACGGCUGUCCCAGAGGAUGCACCCGUCGUUGACGCAGCAGGUAUUGGGGAAGGGGUUCCUCAGGUUGUCCGUCCUGAGGAACAUGAGGUGGGUCCCGUACCCCAGGAGGGUCCUGUGCCUUUUCCUUUCGUACCUGAGGUUGAGGUGGUUCUUCCACCUCUACCGGUUAUCUUAGGGAACACAGGAGAUGGGGAGUCUCUUGGAGGGGUGGUUGGGGAUUUGGAGGUUAGUCCUGUGGAGUGUCCUGAUCCUGAGCCAGUUGUAGGUGCAGAGGUUUUCGUUCCAAGACGGUCAACUAGGACCCGUCGACCUCCUUCCUUUCUGCAGAUUACAUGGGUGGGCAAGUCCUAUGAUUGAAUGGCCAAGGACCUCAACCCUGAUCCCCCAUUUGAGGUUGAUGAGAACGAUGAGCAGAAAAGGAAUGUUUAGUAUAGUUUAACUUCAAGUAUUUUUAUAGUCACUUUAAGGUUAAGUGUAUAAUUAUAUUUCCUAUGUUUAAUUAUUUUAGCUUCAUUCUGGUAAAAAACUCUAAAUUUUUUCAGUAUUCACAAUAUUAUUAAUAAUACCUGAAAAUUAGUUUCCUGCCCUUAAAAUCGUCAUUUUCCCCCGAAAUGCCAUUUUCAAGGGCAGAUAACACUGCACUCUCCCCGCUUAAAUAAUAAACAUCAGUUCUAUUUAUAUUGAUAUCCCUUUAUAUUUGAAUUGCUUCAAUUUGGGGUUAAAUAUAUACCAAACAUUUUCUGUUUCCUGCCAGUUCUUUGAAACCCUGUCAUAGUUGUAGUUUAUUUUACAAAAAAUACAAAAAAAUACAAAAAAAAAAAAAAAAAUACAAAAAAUACAAAAAAAAAAAAAAAAAAAAAAAAAAAAAAAAAAAAAAAAAAAAAAAAAAAAAAAAAAAAAAAAAAAAAAAAAAAAAAAAAAAAAAAAAAAAUACAAAAAAAAAAAAAAUACAAAAAAAUACAAAAAAAAUGCAUGUUAAUGCUUGUGUGAGUGAUGUUGUGUGCAUGUUCUGUUUGGUUGUUGCAUGUUUUUUGAAUGGUGAUGAAUGCAUGUUUUUAUGAUGGGUGCAUGUUCUUAAAUGGUGGAGGGUGCAUGUUUUUAAAUGAUGGAGGGUGAAUGUUUUUAAAUGGUGGCGGGUGCAUGUGUUUUUAAAUGGUGGCAGGUGCAUGUGUUUUUAAAUGGUUGCGAGUGAAUGUUUUUAAAUGGUGGCAGGUGCAUGUGUUUUUAAAUGGUGGUGGGUGCAUGUGUUUUUAAAUGGUGGUGGGUGCAUGUGUUUUUAAAUGGUGGCGGGUGCAUGUGUUUUUAAAUGGUGGCGAGUGAAUGUUUUUAAAUGGUGGCCGGGUGCAUGUGUUUUUAAAUGGUGGCGGGUAAAUGUUUUUAAAUGGUGGCGGGCGCAUGUGUUUUUAAAUGGUGGCGGGUGCAUGUGUUUUU